UGUCCUUGCAUGACAUGGCGGGGGUGAUCCUGGCACCGAAGGAGGCCAUCUGUUCAGCCCCGAGUCAAAAUGUAUCGAGCUGCUUUUAGGUCGGGCUUGCACAAUAAUGAAACCGGAAUGGGGUAGAAUUCUUUAAAAUCAGAGCAAUCCAUUGGACCGUCUCCAUUUAAAACUUUUUGAGGACACUUUUUUGAAGGCCACAGUCAAAAACAAGGAUGCAACGAGUCACCCAGUUCAGUCCCUGACAUCCAGUACUCCUCAAUGACCAGUGAUCAAAACAUGGAGAUGACAGACCAAUCAUCUAACCAAUCCUCCCCCAGCCAGUGGUCCAGCCCCAGUGACCCCAGCAGCAGCUCCAGCAGCGAGGGCUCGGGAAGCUGGACCUCUGGAGUUACCCGCCUCCUGCACAGCUCCAUCAGGAAGCAGUGCCAGGAAGCGUUUCAGACUCGACUCAGAGAGGACCGAGCACUGGGGGAGCUCCCGGCUCGUCCAUCCAGGGGGCCUCACUGCAGAGCUCAUCCACAGGCUGGGCAGAGAGGGAGCUGCAGCUAUAAGAGUCUGCAUCUGGGGAGGAGCUGUGCACAAACCAGCUCUGAGAGUGCACAACUGCAUCGGGUCCGCCAGGAAAGGACAAAAGCCAAAGUGAAGUUCUCCCGGUUUCUGGAUGAAGUGACGUCCAACGUGCUGAAACCAAACUGCCUGCAGGCGUUAGACAAACCAGUUCCUCCAUCAGAUCUGCCUGAGGAGCUGAUCCACGUGGUGAGCUCUGGGCUGCUUCCUCCCAUGGCCCAGCAACAACAGAGCCCCUUACCUGAGCCGAAGUCUCCAGAAGAUGGGAGCUCUGAAAAACCACCACCGAAAGUCUACCUGGAAACAGACAUCGACUCGGUCAGGAGGGACGAGGAACCACAGGACCUGGAGAUCAAAACAGAGCCACCGCUGCCGCUAGAAAUAAACGAGGACAACGUGAUCCCACCUCCUCCACAGUUCUAUGAAGGAUUUAAGAUGAAGAUUCCUCUUCCUCAGCUUCAUCACGACUUCCCCAGAUACCCCUACAGAUCUGCCUCUGUGCCCAGGGGCAUCAACAUGCUGCCUGACGAGGAGAUGAGCAGCGUAGACGCUAUCAGCUCACUGCUGGAGCAGAAGGAGGACCUGCGAAAAAGACUUUCCUACACGACACACAAGCUGGAGCUGCUGCAGAACGAGUUCGACUCCACCAGGCAGUACCUGGAGACAGAGCUGCGGAGAGCACAGGAGGAGCUGGACAAGUUCACAGAUAAACUGCGCAGAAUACAGAGCAGCUACUCGGCACUACAGAGGAUCAACCAGGAUCUGGAGGAAAAGAUUCACAGAGAUUCUCAGCACCACGAUGAUGAAAAACGAGCUCUGAGCAGAGAAAUCAUCGUCCUCAACAACCACCUGAUGGAGGCCAAGCUCACCAUCGAGAAGCUGCAGGAGGACAACGAUGUGUACAGAAAAGACUGUAACCUGGCUGUUCAGCUGCUGCAGUGCAACAAGUCUCUGUACAGAGCCCAGCUCUCUGAGCUGCCCGCGGACUUUCAGGAGCGCCUGACGGUGCACCUGGAGGAGGCUCCUCUCUGCCACGACUACCCCGACUCCGCCUCCCUCAUGGCCGACGUGCUGGAGAAGCCCGACGAAGCCUGCAGCAGCAGCCAGGUGUCCCGUUCCCCCAGCCCCCAGGCCCAGGAGCACACGUUCAUCCUGGAGCGACUGGGCCCCGAGGAGCGCCUCGGGCUCCGCGCCGCCUACAAAUCGGACCUGUACAGCAGCGACACGGCCCUGUACUGCCCCGACGAGCGACACCGCGAGCGGAGGCCCAGCAUGGACGUGCACGGCUACAGGACGCUGCUGUACGGGCCUCAGAACUCCACCGACAGCACCCCGGAGGAGGGCUCCGUGGGGCUGAGGGACGGCUUCUCCCAGGAGCAUUUCGACAAGUUCCCCGCCGCGCUGGGCGGAGCCUCCAGCUCCUACUCCAGCUUCAGCGGCGAGGGGUCCGAGGACAAGGGCAACAACCCGCCCAGCAGCGCGGCGUCCUCGCCCCGCCACCACUCCCUCUACAUGGAGUGGAGGGACGCGGGGGACUACGAGAGGAAGAGCGACUCGUCCUGGGAGAGGGACAGCCCCGGGAGCUUCUCCAACGCUCACCCCUUCCAGCAGAGCGAGCUGAGCCACCACCAGAACGGCAGCUCUCCGGUCUACAGCCGCACCAUGUCCUCGUGUUUCAGCGAGCCCUACGAGCCGCUGCCUCCGUCCUCGUCCCCGAGCGUGGCCUACGGGGACAGCCGCCGCGGGAGCAUGUUGGCCCCCGAGGAGGAGGAGCUGAUCAGCCGGUGGCGGCAGCUCAGCGUGGAGGACCUGAGCGCCCACUCGUACCGCAGCCCCGGCCGGGCCUCGCCGUACAGCUUCUCCGAGCAGCACUUCUCCGUCCGCCCGGCCAAGAUCCGGCUCGGCCCGCUCUACAGCAGCUUCCAGGAGGGGGCCGACUACUACCGCCACCAGGGAGCGGACGCCGUGGACCCAGCGUGGGCGGCCGCCAGCCCCGAACGCAGCCCGGGUCUGCGGCAGGCCCAUAGCCAGGCCCACCUGUACCGGGCCGAGGACGGCCAGGGCUCCGAGCACAGCCUCUACCACUCGGGGAGCUCCAAGGACAGGGAGGGCGGCGCGGCGGCUGCGGGCCAGAGCGCCGACUACAUGGAGCCCAGCCCCAACAGCUCCACCGAGUCGCUCCACCACAGGUCCCUGGAGAUGGCCGCCGAGCUGCAGCACUACCAGGUGGUGGAGAUGCACAGCAUGCCCGCUCAGGUGGGCCAGCCGCCGCAGACCCCACCCCCUCCCUCGCCCUACAACCAGAAGUUUGGCUCGUUGGGGCUUUCCAGGAAGGACAGUCUGACCAAGGCCCAGCUUUACGGAACUCUCCUGAACUAAACCCAACCAGGUGUCACCUUUAACCACGGCCUCGGUGCGCUCCGCCCUGCUGCUAACCUGGAAACGGUCCCGAGGAGCGGAUACUUCCUGAAGAUGUAACCGCAGACCCCUCCAGAGUCCUGACGGCUUACAGUGGAAACGUCCGGUGGAAGUGAGUCCAAAGGGAACGGGCAGGGGGAGGAGCCUGCCGUCCCUUCAAAUGUAAUAAAGAAGUUUAUGUAUCGAAGUUACAGCUGUAUAAAUUAUAGUAAAAAUUCAGUGAUAUAUUUGAUAUGUAGUCGUUAGAAAGGGAUUCGUUCAAAACAAGUUCAGACCUUCUUGACAUUCAUGGAACUUGUGUAUAAAUAAAAACGCUGCUGCUGACGCCAUAUGGAAAUUCACAGUUCAGUU